AUGGCUGUUGAAUUAGGUUUAGCAACAUGCAUCACAUUAUUACAAUACUCCAUAGAAUUAGCUGAACAAGUAAAAGCUAAUAAACAAUUGUGCGCUGAACUGGUCGCCGACUUGGCCAUCAUUGAAAGUAUCCUUUCAUCAUUGGAUCAACAAGAAAAAGAACGAGCAAAGAGACAUCAUUUGAAUCUUGUGUUAAAAAAGUUACGAGCAUUGACUAAUCAAACGGUAGUCUUAUUUGAACGAAGUAAAAGUGGACGGAAGCGCAUCAAAAUUAAGAACUUUUUUCAAGCAAUGCCAAUUCAGAAUGAGUUGAGAAGAUUAAAAGGAGAAGUUCCCUCGGUGAUCGGUAUGCUAUGCUUAGUUUUUCAUAUUAAACAGCAAUCUGAACGCUUUCGAAGUCUUGGCUUAACUGAACAGCAAUCAUUGGAUGAAUCUGUAUUUGAUACAUUGGAAGAUAUUGAAUCGAAUGAAGAGUAUUAUAUCGUGGAUGAUAACGAUGAUUAA